AUGCCCAGCGAGACUGAACCCCUGCUCCCUCGGUAUGAGGAUGACACUCCCCGCCAGCGUCAGCUCCACCAGAAGCUACAUUCCUACCAGAUGAUUCGCGCCCUCUCCGAGGGGUACAUGCCAUCCACCGAACAAACCAUCGCCAACCUCCGCACCCUACUCAGCUCGGAUGUGCUCAAUCUUCGCAAUCAGGACAUAGGUACCUAUGGACGCCAGCUAGUACGCGACGCCCGUCUCUGGAUUGAAACAUUCAUCGAGUUCUUGAAAAACAAAAACGACCAGGAUCUCCUGCAGGAAUUCUUGUGGCGCCUCUCUCGCUCCCGAGUCGUACUGGAUAGCUCCCGUGUCUCCCACCACGCGGCCCACGUGAAAGCACGCGCUGAUACUAAAGCAGCCUAUGAUAGUUUCCGUACUAUUGGGAGCUUACUUUUAACCAAUGCCGACUUUCGCCUUUUUAUCGAUGAUAUCGCUACCGUUGGCCGUCAAGUCUUCUCUGACACCGCGGCUUCCCUUUCUGAAACCUCGAAAAAGGUAGCUGAGGAGAUUAAGCCCACCGAGCAAGAACAGGAAGCAUUGAAGGGUCCCGGGGCUGAUGAAGAACACCCAGUUUCGCGCGAAGAGAUUCGGGAGGAAGUAGCCCAUGCAGCGCAGGUUGCUGGUCAGGGCAUUGCAGAAACCGGUGGGGCAGCAGUUGACAGCGCUCGGGAACACCUUGCAGGCCAGGAGAAAGAGACACUGCUGCAUCGGUUGAAAAAAACUGUUCAGAGACUGCGAGAGCGAACUGACUACUCAGACUCAGUGUCCACUAUCGCGCAGUUGGUCCAGCGCUAUGCUGUUCUCUACGCUAAUGCAGCUGAAGAUACUGCCUCGGCUGCACAUGAAGAUUUCGAUGUCAAUUCCGACUUGAAAUUAGCUGUGGAUCAAUUUUGGGGUUUGCUGCGAUCUUUCGGAAACGCGGAGGAAUGGGACCAGCUUCAACAAAAGUUCCAUAACGUCCUACGUCAUGCCGACAAGGAUCCCGAGUUUGAGAGUCUAAUGGGGGAAGUCGGGACUUCCUUGCAGGACAUGCUCACCGAUCCGGAAUUCUUUGAUUCGGCCCAAGAGAAACUAAAUGAAUUGCAGCAACAGUCGGAGAAGGUCGGGUCGGAGACUGGUCUUCGUCAAGAUGUAAAUGACUUCCUGGCGCAGACUAGACGUACCUUGCGCACCAUCCCGGAUGAUCCCGCCGUGUUCAAGCUGAUCAACGCGACAAAGAAGAUCUAUGGACAUGCAUGGGAUGCAUACAACAACCACAAGACAGAUUUCCCCGCGGACUUGGCGAACGUGGUCUUCCCUGUCAUUUUACGUAUGAUUCAGUAUGUGCCGAUCCCCCGAUUGGAGAUCUCUGCGCCAGAAAUGGACCUGUUGGUGGAGAACCUAGUCUUAGAGCCUGGCCAUACCGUCAAUUUCUCCUCUUUCCUGCCUUACCGCCUGCACCUCCACACGCGCAAUGACAUUGAGAUUAUCAAGAAGCAUGCAAAACGAACGGAUACAACUGUCAGAACCAUCUUUAAUGUCGCUGUCAAUGGACUGAAUAUCAGUGCCCAGGACUUUGGCUACUGGUUCAAAACCCAUACUUUGUUCUUCCGCCUGAGAGACGAAGGAAUUGCUAGUUUCUUCCUCGACCGUCGCGGCAUUGAUAUUUCUCUGGACAUCGAAAUUGGUCGUGGUCGACUGGAACAAAUCUUCACUCUACGAGGUGUACGUGUACGCAUCCACAAGCUUGACUACAAAGUCCAGAAAAGCAAGUGGAGAUUCCUGCUAUGGCUCACGAAGCCCUUCCUGAAGCCCCUUGUUCGUCGGGUGUUGGAGAAGAAAAUUGCCGAAGAAAUCGUUAAUGCUGCAUUCGCAUUGAACCGCGAACUGGUCUUUGCUCGUGAGCGCUUGCGUGCUACUCGCAUUGCCAAUCCCCAAGAUUUGGCGACCUUUGUACGUGCUGUAUUGGCUCGUCUGAAACCUGCCGAUGACGAUGUCGAGACUCGAAUCGGUUUAGAGCCUCUUGAAAGUGGUGUGUUCCAUGGCAUCUACGCCCCUGGCAGUAUCGUGAAGACUUGGCAUGACGAAGCCACCCGUGCCCAGGAGGCGAUCGAAGAUGGAGAUGAGACCCAUGGAUUGGGUUACACCUGGCGAAACGAUAUUUUCGACGUGGCUGGAACUCGUUGA